CGAUCUUUCUGCUAAACACAGCUGCGUAAAUGCAUCGCGGAUGCAUAGCAGCAACAAACACUGCAGCUGCCAUUACAACGUGAGUUGCCUGCAUGAGCGCGUGCCUUCACGCGGUUGCCUUCAGGGUCCGUGACUCCGCCGGGGGCUCCGUGGUUGUUGUUCUCCCGAGCGGACUGGGAGCGUCUGUCUGGACGCAGCGCUGCAGCUGAUUCUGCGUCUCCUGCGGGAAGAUGCGGUCUGGAAGGAAAGGCUCCGGCUCGUUCGUUGUGCCCGCGCUGGUGACCUGGUUGCUGCUGGAUGCUGUUGGUGUUGUGCAGGCGAAGAACUUUGAGGAUGUUCGCUGCAAAUGCAUCUGCCCGCCAUACAGAAACUUCACCGGCCACAUUUAUAACAGAAAUGUGUCUCAGAAGGAUUGUAAUUGCCUCCAUGUAGUGGAGCCCAUGCCGGUGCCUGGCCACGACGUGGAAGCGUACUGCCUGUUGUGUGAGUGCAAGUACGAGGAACGAAGCAGCAACACCAUCAAGGUAACCAUCAUCAUUUACCUGUCUGUCGUGGGGGCGCUGCUGCUCUAUAUGCUGUUCCUGCUGCUGGUUGAGCCUCUUAUUCGCAAACAUGACGCCUACACCCAGCCACUGCACAAUGAGGAGGACUCUGAGGAGAUGCGUCCGCCGGCGGACAGCGCCCAGGCCAAAGGGAACACAGUGCUGGAGCGGGUGGAGGGGGCACAGCAACGCUGGAAGAAGCAGGUCCAGGAACAACGCAAGACUGUUUUUGACCGCCACAAGAUGCUAAGUUAAACCCCACCGCUGACCCCAAAGAGGGUUUAGAAUAGGUAACUGACCUGGGCUCAGUGCUAUUACACUGUCACCAGCUGCACUAUUCAUGACCCCUUUGUUAAUGCUGCAUACUGCACCCUCUAAAAAUGUAUUUCCUCAUGAAGAAAACAUUUAAACACGAUAAACUAACAAGCAGAUGAUUUUUAUUUAUUAUAUGUAACAUUUUAGGCAAAGAUGCUACUGUAAAAAAACAAAAACGGCAUGGUUGGUUAGUGUUAACAUCUAGAAACCAUCUCAAUCAUUUCAGCAAUUAGCGAUGCAACAGAUUUUGAAUGUCUUGAUUUAGUAAAGCAAAAAAACCAUUCUCUAAUAAGCAAGACUGAAUAGUUUUUAAGCUUCAUCGGGAUCAUUUUUGUUUUUAGCUUCUUGCUCACUUGGUUUAUUGUGAAGAUGUUUUUCUAAUUUAUGACGUUACCUCAGAACAGGAACACGUUGUGUAUGUGAAUGGUCUAUUUGUCUAUUUGGGUAAAAAGAGUAUUUUACCUAAUAACUAUUGUCAAGCAUUGCACAUUUCCUAGUUUAGCACUAAUAAUAAUUUAUUUAUGAUCAUUAUUAUUUAUUUGUCUCCUAUUGCUAUCCAUAGUAACCUGCACAUUUUGUAUAAUUUGGAUGGAUGGAGUAAUCUAUGGAUUAUGCAUUUUGGGGUUUGUUAUUUUAAAGCUUUGACCUUGCUACAUUUAAAAGCCCCAAUAUGUUGCUGUUUCUUUCCUUGAGAUCGGGAAUGUGUUCCAACAGUGCAACACAUUCAAUUCAGUUUAUUUGUAUAGCCCAAUUUCACAAAUUACAAAUUUGUCUCGGAGUGCUUUACAAUCUGUACACAUAGACAUCCCUGCCCCAAAACCUCACAUCGGACCAGGAAAAACUCCCAAAUAACCCUUCAGGGGGGGAAAAUGGAAGAAACCUUCAGGAGAGCAACAGAGGAGGAUCCCUCUCCAGGAUGGACAGAUGCAAUAGAUGUCAUGUGUACAGAAGGACAGAUUUAGAGUUAAAAUACAUUCAAUAAAUGUGACGGAGUGUAUGAAUAGUUCGUAGGAGGCAUAUUCCACGACGGAGACCUCCACGAUCCAUCAGGCAGAUGGAGGUAGAGAGGAGGAGUGGGCGGAGUCUCAACAGGGCAGUGGCGUGGUCGGUAGCAGGAAUUCCACGACCCAGACCUCGAUGAUCCAUCAGGCAGAUAGGAUCUAUGCCGUCUCAUAGAGUCCGAUGACCCUAUGAGACGUGAAGUCAAAAAGACUCCGUGGAGAAAGCAGAGUUAGUAAUGUGUGAUUGAGAGAUGAAAAUUCAUCCCUAAGGAGAGAAAAAAAGAGGAGAGAGGUGCUCAGUGUAUCCUAAAACGUCCCCCGGCAGCUAUCAGCCUAUAGCAGCAUAUCAAGGCGCUGGACCAGGUGAACCUGAUUCAGCCCUAACUAUAAGCUCUGUCAAAGAGGAAAGUCUUCAGUCUACUCUUACAUGAGGUGACUGUGUCUGCCUCCCGGACUGAAGGUGGAAGCUGGUUCCAUAGAAGAGGAGCUUGAUAACUAAAGGCUCUGCAUCCUAUACAUCAGCAAUUCACAGCAUGUACAAUAUAACCGAUAGUAAGGUCUACCAAUUCAUUAGUUUUAGUCGUAUUAGUUGUUGGCAUAAACACUUUUUAUCUUGAAUCUACAUGUGGAAACCGAUUGGAAAGAGGUUUGUUCGGUGAGGUUGGAGCAAGGUCACAUUUGUGUGAUCAUCGUUUCCCAUUCUCUUGGCCCUGAUGUGCAUCGUUAUGUGUUCGUGAAUUCCCCGUUGCAUCCUACUACUGAAGAUCCCUGUAGGGGAACUGUUAUUACAACGAACCGGCUCACUUUCUCUCAUGCACAAUGUGAACGGCUGCAGAAUUUAUUUUCCUGUCAUGGCUUGUCUUUUCAUUGAAGUGUUUUUGAUUGAUUUGAUGGAAGUAUAAUUUAAUUGGUAUUAGAGUUUUGUUGUUAUUUAUUUCUCCAGAUUUACUGGAUUGUUUCACUGCUCAUGUUUAUACAAUUGGCUUAAUGUGAAAUUAAAAAAAUAUGAAAUACUG